UUCCGUUAACUGUACUUCGGUGUAAACAAAUGGCCGCCGUCGAACCGAAAUGGCAGAACAUAAAUAUGAUUUAGCUCUAAUUAACACAGAAUCGGGGACAAAGAUAAGAGAAAAACCUUGGUACAAAGAAAGACUACAAACAAAAUACAUCAAAUCUUUAAAACCAGAAGACACAUCUAAGUCACUGGUAGGAAAGAAUUGGAUUUUUCUUAAAGAUGGGUUAGAUGACUUCAGAGAUGGUCUACCACCACCAGUGAAGGGAGAAGUGUUAAUAAAGGGUUCUAAGGGUCCUGGCCCCAAUCUUACAGGAAGUAGUGAAAAUAUUAGUCCGGUGAAGCAACCAGCAGUAAGGAAUCGCUUCAGUAAACACCAAAUAUGUUAUUCUCGAUCUACCCCCCUUCAACAAAACAGGAGGGACCACAUAGACGAGAUAGAGUACAGUCUGGUGCUACAUCCUCUAGCGCUGUAUCCUCAUUUAGAAGAAAGUGUCCCUCCAGAGUUAUUUGAGGACAUUGUUGAUAUAUUAGAUCCAGAAAUGAAUCUUGAUCCAGAUGAAGAUUUCUCAGAUCAGCUUGAUGAGGAAGAAGAGGAAGAUGAUUUUAAGGAGGAAGGUCAAGGGUCACCAAAGGACAGGGAUGAAGAUGUAGUCAAAUCAGAGGGAGGCCAGAGUCAGGGCUCAGAUGAACCAAGAAUAAGAAAUCCAUACAGAUGGCUCCCUCGAAAAGAUGAGAAAGACAAAAAGGAUAAGAAAAAAUCAUCUGACAAAUCUGCUUCAUCAGAGUCACAGGAGGAACACAUUAAGAAUGUGACAAAGGACUUCUGUGACUGGGUGGCAGAGAGUCUGGGCGGGGACCAGAACAAGUUUGAGGAAUCGACCAUCAUGAGUCUGUUUGCCAGCGGGUACGAGACAAAGCCCGCUCUGUCCGUCCCGAUCCAUGUAGUGGAACUCACUAACGUCCCCCAGGAGCUCAGACAACAGGCCACUGUGUCCAACCAACAAACCAACAAAAAUAUACCCCCACCCGAGAAGAAGUCCACAAAAUGGAAGUAUUCUGGUCAGUAUGAACCAAGCUGGGUGAAGUUUAAAUAUGGGGCCUGGUAUCUAGACCCCAAGUCAUGGAAUAAGAGAAAAGAUGAUGAACCCCUGGAGAAUCCAAAAGACAUCAAAGAUAAAGAAAUGUCAGAGGCCAAGAAGAAGAGUAAAGAGCUGAACCAUGUGAUUGCUCAGUCUCAGGGAGCGAAGCUGUUCAUGGAUUGGGUCAAUGAUCCAAAGCGACCCCUGGAUCCUAAGAGCGACCACAACAAACCAGAGUUUCUGGACGAGGUUGCUAAGAUUCAGGAACAAGCUAUCAUAGAAGAGCAGAAGAGACUGAAGGCUGAACAGGAUGCCAAGCAAAGGAAACUGUACACAAGGAAAAGGACCGAAACUGAGCAGUCAGCAGGCUGAGUGUGACCUGGGGCCAUAGGUCAAGGUCAUAACAGCAUCUCAAAAUUUUUAUAAAAAUAACUGUGAUAUAAAGGAUGACUUAACACAUAUUAAUUUGUGUUGUUAUGCACAUCAAGUGAUUUCCAUUUCAUUUAAGAUAUCAACAGCUACUGUGUUAUAGAACAUUGUGUUUGUUGAUGUAAAUGUCUUUUUGUUGAUGCAUAAAUAAACUCACUUAAUGAU